AUGAUUAUUGGUAUGGCUAUUCAGGCUCAUAGCAAAAUCAGGGUUGCAUACUACUAUGAUGGAGAUGUUGGGAAUUACUACUACGGCCAAGGGCAUCCGAUGAAGCCACACAGAAUUCGGAUGGCGCAUAAUCUCAUUCUCAAUUAUGGUCUUUAUCGACGAAUGGAAGUUUAUAGACCGCAUGUGGCGACAUUUGAGGAAAUGACGAAGUAUCACAGUAACGAUUACUUAACAUUUUUAAAAAACGCACGACCAGAAGAUACCAUUGAUAGCAAUACAGCGAAAGCUCGUCAACGAUACAAUGUUGGCGAAGAUUGCCCUGUUUUUGACGGUAUGUAUGAAUUUUGCCAAACUUCUUGCGGUGGCUCUCUUGCCGCAGCAGCGAAACUUAACAAAAAGCAAGCAGAUAUUACCAUAAAUUGGAUGGGUGGUUUACAUCAUGCCAAGAAAAGUGAAGCUUCUGGAUUCUGCUACACGAAUGAUAUUGUCUUAGCAAUUCUUGAGCUUCUCAAUCAUCAUCAGCGUGUUUUAUAUGUCGACAUUGAUGUCCAUCAUGGUGAUGGUGUCGAAGAAGCAUUCUACACAACAGAUCGUGUAAUGACCGUUUCGUUUCACAAAUUUGGUGAAUAUUUUCCAGGUACUGGAGAUAUUCAGGAUAUCGGCUCAGGUCGAGGAAAAUAUUAUGCUGUAAAUUGUCCAUUGCAUGAUGGUAUUGAUGAUGACACGUAUCAAAGUAUAUUCAGGGCAGUUAUGGAGCAGGUUAUGCUGUCUUACCAGCCAUCAGCUAUUGUCUUACAGUGUGGCGCUGAUUCAUUAGUUGGUGAUAGACUUGGAUGUUUCAAUCUUUCUCUAAAAGGACAUGGCAAGUGUGUUGAAUUCAUGAAGAAAUUCAAUUUACCACUUUUGUUACUUGGUGGUGGCGGUUAUACCAUUCGUAAUGUUGCACGUUGCUGGGCUUAUGAGACAGCUAUUGCUUUGGAUGUUGAAAUAUCAAAUGAAUUGCCGUACAACGAUUAUUUUGAGUACUACUCAAAUGAUUUCAAGCUCCACAUCAUCCCAUCAAAUAUGACAAAUCUGAACACACCCGAUUAUCUUCAAAAAAUGCAGUCGACGAUUUUUGAACAUCUGCGGCAUUUACCAUACGCUCCCAGUGUGCAAAUGCAACCAAUAAAAGACGAAAUCACCGACGAAACAGUGUCGAAAAGUUCAUAUAAAUGCUUCUCAAUUCUAGAAAACUGCGUGGAAGGCGAUAACGAAUUUUAUGAAGAACAUAGCAUAAAACCAAAUCGAAAUGAACGAUCUCAUAAUCUUAGCGCUGAGGAUUUAUCUCCAGAAACAAAACGAAUUCGGAUCUCAUCACCAAAGUCUCCAAAAAGUCCAAAAUCUCCUAAAUCAUUCUUAGGUUCAAAGUUUUCGAAGUCUCCUAAGUAUUCUAGGUCCACAUCAGAUUCAUGA